AAAAAAGAAAAACGAGAAAACCACUCGCAGUUCACAUUCGGCGUUUCUCUGCACUUCGUGUACCAGUUUUCGAUCGAAUCCCCCGUCUGCCCUCGAUCGAUCCGUGCUGAUCGGCCUCUCCCGAUCCCGGAAUCCAAUCUCCGCCGCCCCCUCCGCCGCGAUCCCGCCGCCAUCCCGCCGCCGCCGCCGCCCUCGUCCUCCUCCGGCGAGCGCCUUUGAAACGGUCCUCCUCUCUCUCUCUUUCUGGCGGAGGCUCUCCGUCCGUUUGCGAGGGAUUUUUUUUUUUUUGUUCUCUUUCUCUCCUCUUUUGGCGCUUGCGGUUUUCUCGCUUCGUCGACGAAAACGGAGCUCUCUCGGCACUCCCAUGGGCGAUCUCCGAGCUUGGUCGCCUGAGGCCAACGGCGCCGCCGCCUCGGAAGACAGGUCGCCGUCGACGAGCCAGGCGGCGAUUAGGGACGAGCUCCUGCGGAAGGCCGAGGAGUUCACCUGGGAGAUCAUCGCCCAGAUUCAAUCGAAUCUCGCGUCGGAGAAGAGGCGAGCAGAUGUGAUUCAUUACGUGCAGAGUCUCAUCAGGGAUCGUCUCGGAUUGGAGGUAUUUCCAUUUGGUUCGGUUCCUUUAAAGACGUAUCUUCCUGACGGAGAUAUUGAUUUGACUGCCUUCGGGGGUCCUCAUGCGGAAGAUUCCUUAGCUGGUCAAGUCUGUUCAGUUCUUCAAGGAGAAGAACAGAAUGGAAAGGAUAAGUUUGUGGUGAAGGACGUCCAAUUAAUUUGGGCCGAGGUCAAGCUUGUAAAAUGCAUCAUACAGAAUAUUGUGGUAGAUAUAUCGUUUAAUCAGCUAGGAGGGCUCUGUACUUUGUGCUUUCUCGAGAAGGUGGAUCGUCUCAUUGGCAAGGAUCACCUCUUUAAACGGAGCAUUAUACUGGUUAAGGCUUGGUGCUAUUAUGAGAGCCGUAUACUUGGUGCUCAUCAUGGUUUGAUUUCCACAUAUGCCUUGGAGACAUUGGUUUUGUAUAUCUUCCAUCUGUUCCAUUCAUCUCUAGAUGGUCCCCUAGCGGUUUUAUACAAAUUUUUGGAUUACUAUAGCAAGUUCGACUGGGAUAAGUACGGUGUCAGUCUGAAUGGUCCUGUCCUUAUCUCAUCAUUACCAGAAAUUGUUGUUGAGACACUGGAACAUAGUGGAGAGCUAUUGCUCGGUAAGGAUUUCCUUAAGGACUGUGUGGAACAGUUCUCUAUCCCUUCAAAUGGAUUUGGAGCCAAUGCCCGGACGUUUGUUUCAAAGCAUCUUAAUAUAGUUGAUCCGCUGAGAGAGAACAACAACCUUGGGCGCAGUGUAAGCAAAGGGAGCUUUUUCCGAAUUAGGAGUGCCUUUUCUUUUGGUGUUCGUAAGCUUGAAAAAGUUCUGUCUGACCCAGAGAUGGACAUAGCUGAUGAGCUUAGUGAAAUUUUCUCGAACACACUGGAUCGGCAUGGAAAUGGUCAGCGGCCAGAUGUUCAGGACUCAAUACCAGUAUCAAGACAUAAUAAUGUUGACAUAUCUCGGGAAGAAGAUUCAUCAGGUAGAAUUUUGAAUGAAGUGCAGCAAGGCUCUGCAAGAUAUUCAGGAAUCAUAGAAGUGGAGAAUCCUACAAAUUCCCCUAUGUCAGAUGUUCUUUCGUCUUCUUCUGGUCAAGCAAAUGAGCUUGCUACAUCCCAAAGUUCCGUCAAAUCAAAUGGCUUGCUUAAGGCUUCGUCUUUGAGCAGCUCAGUACACUCAUCCCUGUCGGGUAAAGCAUAUCAUGCUCCUCAUCUUUAUUUUCCACAAUCAUCAAUAGAGACAGGGGAGACAAGAAAUGGGGAUGCUGGCCAGGAGUACACUGAACAAUCUGGAAAUGCCGUGGUGACUUCUGUUGCUCUGCAAUCAGAUGCUGCAGAACCAUGUGUUUUUGCUGAUCGCAACUGGGAUGAGAAUCAGGUCAGUAGAAGUCCUGCUGAUCCGUCCCCUGCUGGAUCAAAAAAGCUCUCUUCAGGUUUAAGUCCAUCCUGGACAUCUGACGAUACUUAUUCUGGCUAUCUUGGUGUUCAAGCCUCAUCUCAUAUUUCUAGAAGCACUGGACAACUGAAUUCUCUAUCGGACCUAAGUGGAGACCAUGAGAGCAACAUGAGGAGUUUGCACUAUGGCCGGUGGUGCCAUAAUUACGCCUUGAGUGGACAACUUUCUCACGUUUCUCCAUCAUACUUUUCACAGUUUCCAGUAAAAAAUCCAUGGGAAGUGGUACGAAGGUCAGUGCACCACAGGCAUGAUGUUUUUUCUCAGAUAAGUGCCAAUGGUUCUGUCACAGGGCAACCAUUAUAUAACGUAAAGUCGCCAAUUGUAGCUAACGGCAUGGAAGAAAUGUCAAAACCGCGCGGAACAGGAACGUACUUCCCAAACACGAACCACUACAAGGAUAGAAAUUCAAUGGGAAGGGGAAGAAAUUAUGCACCGGUGAGGUCUCCUCGCAGCAAUGGCCGCACUUUGACUCCCUUGGAGACAAAUUUCUCUGAACGAAGUAAUGAGUUUUCACAAAUGCACGGGAAGUCUUGGCCCCCUGAUUCAAAUAAUGGUUCCCCUAUAAGAAAACCUUGUUCUACUAGCAAUGGAUCUUUGCAACCUUGUGAAGGCUCAGUUGAGUUCGGUUCUUUUGGACAUCAACCAUUAGCAACACCUCCGUCCCUGUCCCAGGAGAGAGGUAGGCAACCAAUCUCUGUAUCAGCACCACUUCCGAGAACUAGCGCAAGCCAUUCAACACCAGGUGCUGCAACUGAAUGGCCAUCGGUUAAUGGAUUGAAACCAGAUAGGAUCUCUCUACAGUCUUACCAUUUAAAAGAUGAAGAUGAUUUCCCACCUUUGUCAGAGUCCGCGGGGAAAGGAUGAGCUGUAUGUAUGGUUCAAACCCAGUUCCAGUUGGUUGGAUUGUAAAUGCUAAACCGAUUAGUCUGAGUUUGUGCUUUCGGUCUCGUGGUUUCCUCAGAACCAUCUGAUGUUGGCCCUAUGAGUUUUGUAUCGGCCGUGUGAUCUAGAGGCUUUUGUAACAUUCGCCAAAUUUUUUUUUUGGUUUGGGCUAGGUUCUAUGUUAGCCUCACGUCACGUGCUACACUUAAUUUUAUAGGGUGCUUGAGCUCUGUGGUUGGAUUCAGGUACUGUCGUUGUAUGUUUAGGUGAAUGCCAUAUCGGUGCACUUGUU